GCCUGAGAGUCCAGAGGAUGAAUCUUAUCAACUGUCUGCUCCUCCUGCUGGCUGGACUGCUGGCCCUUUCUCGUGGCCAGCUGACCUUUGGGCAUGAUGGUGACAGUUGCUCCAGUAGCUCCCAACAGCAGAGUCUGGAGACAGAUGAGGGCUCCCCCAGCCUCAAGAUCACCCCUGCCAAUGCUGACUUUGCCUUCCGCUUCUACUACCUGAUAGCUUCAGAGACCCCAGGGAAGAACAUCUUCUUCUCUCCGCUGAGCAUCUCGGCUGCCUACGCCAUGCUUUCCCUGGGGGCCUGCUCGUACAGCUGCACCCAGAUCCUCGAAGGCCUGGGCUUCAACCUCACUGAGCUGUCUGAGUCUGACAUCCACAGGGGCUUCUAGGACGUCCUGCACACUCUCAACCUCCCCUGUCACAGGUUGGAAACAUGCAUGGGCAGUGAUCUGUUCCUGAGCCACCGCCUAAAGUUCCUUGAAAAAUUCCUGAAUGACACCAGGACCUUCUAUGAGGCCAAACACUUCCACACCAACUUCUAUGACACUCUGGGUACAAUGAAGCUUAUUAACUACCACGCCAAGAAGGAAACUCAAGGGAAAAUUGUGAAUUUGGUUGGUGAACUCAACAGGGACAUCAUGAUGGUGCUGGUGAAUUACAUUUACUUCAAAGGCCGGUGGGAGAAACCAUUCAUUCCCUCCAGGACCAUUCGCCAGAACUUCUAUGUUGAUAAGAAUACAUCAGUCAGAGUGUCCAUGAUGCUGCAGGACCGGGAGUACCACUGGUACCUUCGCGACCAACACUUGCCCUGCUCGGUGUUACGGAUGGAUUACAAAGGAAACGCGACUGCGUUUUUCAUCCUUCCUAACCUAGGCAAACUGAGGGAGAUCGAAGAGGUUUUGACUGCAGAGUUGCUAACGAGGUGGAACAACUUGCUGCGGAAGAGGACUUUUUACAAGAAGCUAAAGUUAUAUUUCCCCAAGUUCUCCAUUUCUGGCUCCUAUGUGUUAGAUCAGAUUUUGCCCAGGCUGGGCUUCAUGAAUCUGUUCUCCCGGUGGGCUGACUUAUCUGGCAUCAGCAAAGAGCGAAAACUGCAUCUACCCACGAGUUUCCACAAGGCCACCUUGCACGUGGAUGAGGCUGGCACCAGGGCUGCAGCAGCCACCAGCUUCGGGUUCACAUUUUUGUCUGCCCAGAUCAAUGAGCACGUCCUGCAGUUCAACCGGCCCUUCCUUGUGGUGCUCUUUUCCACCAACACCCAGAAUAUCCUCUUUCUGGGCAAGGUCGUCGACCCCACGAAACCAUAGCCCUCCCAGGGCUGCUCAUCUGUUCCAAGCAGGAGGAUGCAGCAGGGGAGGGCUGGGCAUGAGUAGCUCUGUGUUUAAGCUGGGGAGAAGGAAGAUGCUGAGGGUCCAGGACAGCAGGUGUUGGCUGCAGAGGAGUGGGGAGUGACACUGAGAUGGGCACGGCCUGGACACUCCGCUCCCUGGGGCUGCGCAGCCUGACAGAGCAGCCAACCUCUUGGAGCAAGUUCCUGUCUCUAGACACGGGGAGGACCCUUUCUACAACAGGGCAGUUGUACCGAGCCAACAACAUGAUGCCGUGAAGACCCUGGUUCAGUGUCUCGCAUGUGGUGGACACUCAAUAAAUGCAUCCUCUGCCUGUCCCUCUGAGGUUUGCCCCAGACUCCCCUGGCAGACCUGGUCCUAGACACAAAGUAUGAGGAGCUCCAGGUUCCAUUCCAGUAGGUUUUCCAGGUUUAUGGAAAGGGGACAGGGUGUGUGCAGUCAGCUGCCUCAGGCAGGGCUGGUACCUUGCUCCAGAGCAGGGGCUAAGGAAGCCACAGGAUGGCAGACACCACCAGAACGGACUCCACAGGGACCUGGCCAGGAGGACUUGGUGACACCAUCAGUGUGGGCUCCACAGGGACCUGGCCAGGAGGACUUGGUUACACCAUCAGUGUGGGCUCCACAGGGACCUGGCCAGGAGGACUUGGUGACACCAUCAGUGUGGGCUCCACAGGGACCUGGCCAAGGGAGCUUGGUGACACCAUCAGGGCGGGCUCCACAGGGACCUGGCCAGGAGGGUUUGGUGACACCAUCAGGGCAGCCUCCACAGGGACCUGGCCAAGGGGGCUUGGUGACACCAUCAGGGCGGGCUCCACAGGGACCUGGUCAGGAGGGCUUGGUGACAUCAUCAGGGUAGGCUCCACAGGAACCUGGCCAAGGGGGCUUGGUGACACCAUCAGGAUGGCCUCCACAGGGACCUGGCCAAGGGGGCUUGGUGACACCAUCACUGUGGGCUCCACAGGGACCUGGCCAAGGGGGCUUGGUGACACCAUCAGGGCAGGCUCCACAGGGACCUGGCAAGGAGGACUUGGUGACACCAUCAGGGAGGACUCCACAGGGACCUGGCCAAGGGGGCUUGGUGACACUACCAGGGUAGCGUCCACAGGGUCCUGGUCAGGGGAACCCAGUAAGGCACUAGCCCCUCCUGUGGCUACGGAGAUGUGGCCCGUAUCUCUCCCAGGACAAUGUUUGUGGUAAGGAGCACAUUGCAGACCUGGGGCCUUUUGUUUUUACAUCCAGUCUCUGUGCUCUGGAUCUUCGAAAAUCCUUGCCCUGUUGGGCCAUCAGUUUCCCCACCUCUCUGGCCCAGGUGGCCCAGCUCAGACUGUUUGAGUAUGUGAUGUGGGUCCACCCAGGGUCUGUGAGAAAAAAUCACCCCACCCACAAGGCAAGGCAGGUCGAUAGGACAUGGUUCUGUUUGCCCUGAGCCUCCAAUUUCUGGCAGAUGCAUUUCUCUGGGCAAGACCCAGUGGGUUUUCUUGAUGGUCAAGUCAUCAGCAGCAGCUGGGCUCCAGCACGAUCUCCCGCCCUUGACCAUGGACACGGAGUUCCCAGGAGAGGUAGAGCUGGGAACAAUCCAGCCAGGAAGGACCCUAUCUUUCCUUUUCCUUGGCCUGGCUCACCCUGUGCUUUCAGAACCUGGCAACAGUUCCCACACUCUUUCCUAUCAGCUGCUCACCCAUCUGCCAGGCAGCCCGUUUCACUCCCACUCGGUGGCAUCCAGGUUGCCAGCACAUUCAAAACCAGAAUUCCUGGUUGUAAGUCCCAGUUGAGCUCCUUAGAAGCUGUGUGAUCCUGGGGAAGUCAUUUCACCUCUCUGGGUAUCAGUAUCUUCGUCUAUAAAGUGGGAUGACCUCGUAGGGCUGUUGGGAGGAUUGAACAGUGACUGUAUAUGUCAAGUCUUAACAACAGUGCUACGCAAACAUUAGCUUUAUUAUGAUUACCCUCGUUCCCGUGGCCCUGACAGUCAUGCUACCCCCAUAGGCUCUCUCCCCACCAAAUCCCACUGCCAUCUGGGGACCCCAAAUCUUUCUCAUGUUGCCACUUUCACUACUCAGGAAAAUUGACAUUGAGUCCCAGCCAGGGGAAGUUCCAAAAAGGCAGAAGUUUUAUAGGCCCUUCUCACCAUGCUGGUGCCUGAAGUUCCUAACUGAGCUUCCAGAAGGUUCUAGGUAAGCCUUCAGCCCUCAGCUCUCCUCUCUUGGUAGAUCCACUGGGGGCAGAGUCUCCCCUCAGAGUCUGUCCUGGACUGAAAGAUGGGGCCUGUUACUUUAGGACCAGCUCAAAGAAUCUUCUAGGCUUUGGGAAUCAUGGCUGCCUGCCGCGUCCCUCCAGGGCACUUGCUCAGUGUCCAGGACGCCUAGGGCUGAUACUGUAAACUCAGCCAUGGGCUUCAGAACCAGACCCAGCUGACCCAGGCUCUUGGCUCUGGCAAACAGAACAUCUCACUGUCACAAACCCAGAAUUUUCAUCAAGGAGAAGGUAAUCAGAGGAAGAGGAAGGAGAGCCACCUCCAGUGUUGAUGAUCCUUUAAGAGUCAAAAUAUUCCGGGAUUUGUGUGACACCAUCCCUGGUCCAAAUAAUGCUGCAACCACAGGAAGAGGCUCAUUGCAAGGAAACCAGGAAAUUGAUAUUUGGAGCAAUAGACAGACCACUCUUUUACAGUGGAAACUUCCUUGCAAAAGGGAGGAAGAUGGAAGGAGAAAGACCAAAAGGAUUUCUCUCCCUUCCUGCCCCUAAAAUAUAGCCCUGAGCUGGACAUGAGUACAGCCACAGGAGAAUUUGACGAGGAAAUGUUCCAAAAAGGAAAUUGUCCAGCAAGACCAUUUUGAGUUAGUCGUACCAGCUCUGGGCUUCACUCAGGAGAAGCUGUCCAGUCAAAUGCCUGAGGACACCCAAGACCUCUGGGACUCAGGGAAAUGCACACCCUCCUUUCUACCCCUUGAUUUUAUUAGCUGAAAAGCAAGCCUGCUAAGCUCAAAGAGUGAUCCAUUUCCCCUUGUGCCUCCUGGGAAGCUGGAGUCUGUUUUUCAACAACCAGGCAAGAAAUAAAGUAAGGCCCAGGCUGACUCGCUCCCUCAUCUGGCCCCACAGAGGCAGGUGGGUGAGUGGAUUCCAGAGUGGAAGAGAAGCCCGAAAGAAGGUCAGGGUCUAGGGUUACUAUGGCAACAGCACGGCAGCGGGUGGGGGUGUUGAAUGAGCGAUGGUCUGAUGGAGAGAGAAAGGAAGCAAGUCACCCUCCAUUCAGCCUGGAGAGUGAGGCCUCCUUAUUCUGAUUCAUCCCUUCCCUCUGCUACUCAAAAAUAGCCAAUGGCUCCCUAUUGCCUACAAAAUAUGGUUCAAAGGCCUCUAUCUACAGCCAAGGCCCUCCCUGAUCUGGUCACUGCCUGCUUAUUCUGCCUCAGUUCUUCCUCUUGCUGUCAUGUGCCCAGUGACUGCAGUCACAGAAAGUCUUGUUUUCCCAGGUCCCCUGUAGAGUCCCACCUCCAAGAAUCUGUACUCUCUCAAGAUCUCACAGAAACCCCUCAUCUCCCUAAGGCAGACUGUCAACCCACCAUCAAACAUGGUUAGCCUGAGGAGAAUGUCUACUCCCACCCCCACCAUCCCUAUUAGAUAGGACAUCUCAAAGGGGGGCCCUGUUCACCCUGCACUCCUUCACCUCACCUGGCCCCAGUGCCAACUGGAUAUGAGAGAGGCCCAACUAGUAUCUGUUGCAUGAAUGAAUGAAUAAGUGAACGAACGAGUAGAAAAGGUUGAGCCAGGAGCAAGGUCACCGAGCUAUUUGCUCAGCAUCUUUACCCCUUGACAUGGCCCUGGAAUUGAUUGGGCAAAUAUUUA